UCUUGUCAUGCACGAAAAAAUAUCUAAAGACUUCUAUUGAUUUAAAUAUUAACAUAGAUGGAUUACCGGUAGCAAAAAGUUCAUUAGCACAAGCCUGGCCCGUUCUUAUUAAUGUCAAUGACACUGAUUUUGUGCAUACAGUUGGUAUUUAUAGUGGAAACAGUAAGCCAAUAGAUGUUAAUGAGUUUUUAGGUCCCUUUAUCAAAGAAUUAACCGAGCUUAUGAAGGACAAUUUUUCGUUUGAUAAUAAGACAUAUAAAGUUAACUGUAGAGCUUUCAUAUGUGAUGCGCCGGCAAGGUCACUAGUUCUGGGAAUAAAAACUCAUACUGGAUACAGUUGUUGCCACAAAUGCAACCAGAAGGGUGAUCAUAUAAACAACCGCAUGGUGUUCAAAUAUGAAGAGAACACAUUACGCACUGAUGAAAAUUUUAGAAAACGCUUAGAUAAAAAUCAUCACAAAAUACAUAAUCACAUGGCCAUAGAAGACUUGCCAAUAGACCUAAUAACAUCGUUUCCCAUGGAUUAUAUGCAUGUGGUUUGCCUGGGUGUUGUCAAAACUUUAAUGACUUCAUGGAUAAAAAAGAGAAAUACAACAUCAUCCCUUUCAAGGGACAAAAUUACAAUAUUAAACAAUCUUCUCUUGUGUUUAAAAGGACAACUUCCUCGUGAGUUUAGAAGAAGUACAAGAGAUCUCAAUGAGUUUGAUCGGUAUAAAGCAACUGAAUUGCGAACAUUUCUUUUGUAUGUUGGUCCGUUUAUCUUAAAAGGAAUUUUGGAUGACGAGCGGUAUUUUCAUUUUCUGCAAUUGAGUUUAGCUAUUAGAAUUUUGUUAAGCCCUGAACAAUGUAGAUCAAAGAAUAAGUGCGCUGACGCAUUAUUAAAGAAUUGUUUGAAGUAUUUGCCUAAAUUUUAUGACGAAAGUAUUUCAACGUACAAUUUUCAUUGUCUCACUCACCUAGCCAGCGAUUGUUUGCAAUAUGGAUCAUGUGAAACUUUUAGUGCAUUUAAAUUUGAAAAUAAGCUGGGAAUGUUGAAAAGGCUUUUAAAGAAAAAAAAAUAAUAUAUCGGCUCAACUAUAUAAUCGACUAGUGGAGCAAAGUAUCAACAUCUCACAUAGGGAUAAUACACAACCCAAAAUAUGUGCAUUUUUUUCAGUAGUCCACCCUAAUAAUUAUUAUAAAGCUCAAAAUAAUCUAUAUCGCGUGUCAUCAAUAAGCAAUCAAGAUAGUAAAGUCAUUGGACAGAAAGUUUUGAAUUUGAGUUCAAUGUUCCAUAAUCCACUGGAAUCGUCUCUUCUUGAUAUUUGGCAAACAACUAAGUUAACAGUUUCACAAGAAUCCUACCAACAUAGCUUGAAAGACAUUACUAAAAUCUGUGCUUUAAGAAACAAAAAUGAUGAAUUUGGCUUUUUUCCAGUUAUACACUAUGACUGAGGACAGUAACAUAAAUUUCAACAACAUAUUCAACAACUCGCAUAAUCUUACUUCCUUACAACCAGUAUUAAAUAAUAUGGGCCCCCUACAACCUGUGACACUAGAAGGGAUGGUGGCACAUUUUUCAAAAGCAAUUGAACCCAUGUUUAUUAGGCUUACUAAUGAAGUCACUUCAUUACGUCAUGAAAUAAAUGUCCUGCGUAAUGAAGUUAAGGAAUUGAAGAAGGAGAAAUCGCUUGUUGAGUUGUUGAUGCCUGAAAGCCCUUUUAAAAAUAUAGACGAGUUUAUGGAUUUCGAAAAAAAAUUGCAGGAAGACAAAAAGUUUUUGAAUAUGUUUGGAAAGGAGCUGUUAACGGUUGCCAAAACUCCAAAUUUUACAAAAAACUGUUGGCGAAAGCUACUAGUAGACGAACUGGCGCAAAAGAUGUGUUGGAAGGGGACAGAGGAGAAAAAAAGUGUACGCAGCCUCAGUUCAGCAAAAGCAAUAAGAAAUGCAGCAAUUUCUAUUGGAUUGAGCGAGGAUGAAUAUAUAAAAAGCACAAAAUCUUUUUUCCAGUUCGCGAAAAAUAGGCAAGAAUCAAAACAAAAAUAUACUCCAAAGACAAAAAACAAAAAUUAAUUUUUUUCUUAUGUUAGUAAUAUACCUUAUAUUAAUAAUACACCUGAUAAAAAUGUACAAAAUAAAAAUUAAACUAUAAAAAAUAAUAAAAUUAAAAGGUUUAUAAAACUAUUA